CCAAUGUACAACAACAAUCUGAAUAAUCCGACUUCACCUGACACAACGUGCUACUUGCUUUCGCUCAGUCUCUCUCAGAGCACAAUCUCUUUCAUUACAACUUGACGACUUCCAUUGCAUGAGAACAACCUAAAAUACCUGAACCAUGGCCUCGUCAUCGUCACCCCCAACUCCGCUCUAUUAUGCUUGCAUCGCACACAACACCACAAUCUUAACGGAACAUACGACUUCAGCCUCGUCUCAGACCUCAUCUCUCGCCUCACUUGUCCUACCAAAGAUAACACAUACCUCAGCGCAAAAGCUCACCUAUACACACGACCAAAAGUUCAUUCACUACAUCGCCGAUGCUCCUUCCGAAUAUCCUCCCUCAUCCUCCUCCGCUGGCGGACUCACCUAUCUUGUAAUCGCAGACGCAUCUCUGGGCCGCCGAAUACCCUUUGGCUUCCUCGUCGAGAUCAAGAAGCGCUUCCUAGCACAGUAUCCACCCGAAAGUACCGACUUCACAAGUCUUCCGAACUAUGGAGCUGGUAGUUUCAACACCGAGUUGAAGAAGUUGAUGAUAGACUAUGGAACUACAAAAGCUGGCAAGGAAGAUGCAAUCAGCAAUGUGCAAGGAGAGAUUGACAAUGUAAGGGGUAUUAUGAGCCAAAACAUUGAGAGUCUAUUGGAGCGAGGCGAGAGAAUUGAUCUGUUAGUCGACAAAACAGACAGACUUGGAGGAAAUGCACAUGAAUUCCGCAUUAGAAGCCGAGGUCUAAGAAGGAAAAUGUGGUGGAAGAACGUGAAGCUUAUGGCCUUGCUCAUUGUGGUCGUCAUCUUCCUGAUCUACCUCUUCGUUGGAUUUGGUUGCGGCUUGCCUGGAUGGUCGAAGUGCGUUGGUUAAAAUGCUGGAGAGACGACGGGCAUUGUAUGAUUUAUGACAGUCGGCGGUUCUCGAAUUAUCACCUAUACCAUUAGGGUUUGCAAGAAACAGUUCUGGGUGGGGACAUUGUACAAAUGGCUAUAGCCUGAAUUUCAUUUCCGUUCAUCAGCGCUGGUAUCUCAUGUUACUCGUAGUCUUUGAAUGCAGCAUGCACAUUAUCUGCAUGUCAGUCUCAAAUGCCAAAUCCAGACUCCAUCCCAUGCAAUUGUUCAUAUACAUCAUCCGUGACUUGUGCAGUCACCAUCCGCUUGCUAGUCAUCACAAUCUCGCAGAGCCGUCAACGCCCUUCCGCACUCCAUCAUUAUACACAUAGCCCUCUGCCACCGGUGUUGACCAACUUCCAUUCCCGGAAUUCACACCCGGCGGAGCUUUCUUGAACCUAUCUGUGAAGAACACUGGAUGUCGCAUGGCAGAUUGGAAUUGCUGCU